AUGUCAGGAAAAAUGAUGCGGUGGUUUUACUGCGUUCUUACUCUCUCCGUCACGCUGCUGCCGCUCUUGGCGCACGGUGAGGUGUCGUGGGGGAUGUACGGUUCGAGGAUGUCGUCUAUUGGAUUUGGCAGAAUUACUGCGGUCACCGCGGGCGCCGCUGUGGAAACGAGGGGAAAUUUCACGCUGCGAGAAGAACCACAGCCGUCACCAUGGAAGAAGAAGAAAGGUGUGGUGAUAGAAAGGAUCGGGGAGGCGGAGGAGUACAGUUAUCAUAUCCCUAACAAAAACGGUGUGAUCUCCAUCACGGUGGAGGCGGGUAGCAGACAUCUGCUGGAGUUUACCGGCGAGGCGGACAACAUGAUCAACAUCGUGGCACAACUCUUGGACAGUCGUUACGAUGAGAACAUCCAGCCAUCCAACUGUCUUGGCCUUUACAUCAAUGUGGAAAUACGUGUGAAGGACGAGAAUGAUGAGGGCGGGAAGUCGAGUGACGUGUGGAGCAGUGAAUCUGGUAGCAAGUCGUCGAGACGUAAACCUGUAAGUCCAUGGUCUU